UCCACACACCCCGAGUCCACGGACCCGAGUCCACACCCCCCCGAGUCCACGCACCCGAGUCCACGGACCCGAGUCCACACCCCCCCGAGUCCACACCCCCCCGAGUCCACACACCCCGAGUCCACGACCCCGAGUCCACGGACCGAGUCCACCACCCCGAGUCACACCCCCGAGUCCACGGACCCCCGAGUCCACACACCCCGAGUCCACACCCCCGAGUCCACACCCCCGAGUCCACCACCCGAGUCCACACCCCCGAGUCCACACACCCCGAGUCCACACACCCGAGUCCACACCCCCGAGUCCACACCCCGAGUCCACACCCCGAGUCCACACCGAGUCCACACCCGAGUCCACACACCCGAGUCCAGAGUCCACACCACACCCCCCCGAGUCCACACACCCGAGUCCACACCCCGAGUCCACACACCCCGAGUCCACACCCCCCGAGUCCACACACCCCCGAGUCCACGGACCGAGUCACACCCCCCGAGUCCACACCCCCACACAGUCCACACACCCCCCGAGUCCACACACCCCCGAGUCCACACCCCCCCGAGUCCACACACCCCGAGUCCACACCCCCGAGUCCACACACCCCCGAGUCCACACCCCCCCGAGUCCACACACCCCCGAGUCCACACCCGAGUCCACACCCACCGAGUCCACACACCCCCGAGUCCACGGACCCCCGAGUCCACACCCCCGAGUCCACACCCCCCGAGUCCACACCCCCGAGUCCACACACCAGAGUCCACACCCCGAGUCCACCGAGUCCACCCCGAGUCCACGGACCCGAGUCCACGAGUCACGGACCCCCGAGUCCACACACCCGAGUCCACACACCCGAGUCCACACACCCCCCCCCCGAGUCCACGGACCCCCGAGUCCACACCCCCGAGUCCACGGACCCCGAGUCCACACACCCCCGAGUCCACACCGAGUCCACACGAGUCCACAGUCCACACCCCGAGUCCACACACCCCCGAGUCACACCCGAGUCACACCCCCGAGUCCACACCCCCCGAGUCCACACCCCCGAGUCCACCACCCGAGUCCACACACCGAGUCCACACACCCCGAGUCCACACCCGUCCACCCCCCCCGAGUCCACACACCCCGAGUCCACACCGAGUCCACCCGAGUCCACGGACCCGAGUCCACGGACCCGAGUCACGGACCCGUCCACACCCCCCCCCGAGUCCACGGACCCCCGAGUCCACACACCCGAGUCCACACACCGAGUCCACACACCCCGAGUCCACACCCCCCCGAGUCCACACCCCCCCGAGUCCACACCCCCCGAGUCCACACACCCCGAGUCCACACACCCCGAGUCCACACACCCCGAGUCCACACCCCCGAGUCCACGGACCCCCGAGUCCACACCCCCCAAGUCCACCCCCCCCCCGAGUCCACACCCCCCCGAGUCCACACCCCCCCGAGUCCACACCCCCCGAGGGGGUGUAGUGUUUUAA